GCGGGGGCGGGGCCUGCGGGCGCAGAUGGCGACCGCGCAGCGCGCCUGAGCGGGCCCGGGCCAUGAGUGCCUCCCGGCCCCAGUUCAGCAUUGAUGACGCCUUCGAGCUGUCCCUGGAGGACGCGGGCCCUGGGCUCGAGCCCAGCGGGGUCGCCCGCUUCGGGCCGCUGCACUUCGAGCGCCGGGCCCGGUUCGAGGUGGCCGACGAGGACAAGCAGUCCCGGCUGCGCUACCAGAACCUGGAGAACGACGAGGAUGGAGCCCAGGCCUCUCCAGAGCCGGAUGGGGGAGUCAGCACCAGGGAUUCUGGCCGAACGUCCAUCCGCAGCUCCCAGUGGUCCUUUAGUAGCAUCAGCAGCAGCACUCAGCGCUCCUACAAUGCCUGCUGCAGCUGGACUCAACACCCUUUGAUCCAGAAGAACCACUGGGUAGUUCUGGCCUCCUUCCUGCUUCUCCUGCUGGGGCUGGUGCUGAUCCUGACCGGCGUGGGACUGGAGGUGGCCCCCUCGCCAGGUGUCUCCAGCGCCAUCUUCUUCGUGCCGGGCUUCCUGUUGCUGGUCCCAGGAGUUUACCACGUGAUCUUCAUCUACUGCGCCGUCAAGGGUCACCGGGGCUUCCAGUUCUUCUACCUGCCCUACUUCGAGAAGUGAGCAGAUGGCGGGAUCUAGCGUCGGCGCCGAGAGGCCCCAGUGUGUGCGGCCUCCUCGCAUCCCUGGAGGGGCACUCCCGGAGUCCGCGCCCGGCUUCGGUUCCCUCAUCCCAAGGGAAAAGCCCCGUCGGGACCCUCAAGCCCCCUCAUCGUCUUGGGAGUUUGCUCAGGAAGUUUGGGGCAUGUGGGUCUUGGGCCACUACCUGAGCCUGGGAAAGUCUCCCCUCCCCUCUCUGUGCCUUAACUUAUUCUCAGGCCCUGGGCUUGCUGGCUUGGUGAUGUUUUGUGCUAAUAAAAGCGGUGCUUAAUUCUA